AAUAAAAUGCCAAAAAACUUACUUCUAUCGAAUUUUACUUCGUUUCUUCACCGAAUCUUUGAGAGAUAUUCUACUAUCAUCUGGAGUCCCUGUCAUUUGUCGUACAUACUGAAAUUCUCAAAUAUGAUGUUGCAGCCAAAUUGGCAGCUGUGAGAGUUAUGAUUGCGACAGCGUGAACCCUCUGUACAGUGAAGCCAGGGCCGAGCCUUGCAUAGAUUGGCUGGCUGAAUAAUUUUUAAAUUUAUUUAUUUAUUUAUUGAAAAUAAAACAUUACAAAUUAGAGAUGAAAAAAUACUAAUACGGCCGAACAAGUUUUGAAUAAAACACAACGGACAGAAAAAACUCUCAAAUAAAGCAUAACGACGCACAAUAAAAUUAUUUAGGAAAAGGCCGUUGCCUUGCCUUUGCGGCGAUCACAGAGGAGGAGGUUAUGGCGGCUGCACCUGGCGAUUAUCUGCAUUUCAAGGCGAAUGUGCCUGUUCUUCAUAUAUCGAUUGGGAUGAGACAGUGGCGAUACUAUGAUUAUGGUCCCAAGGAAAUGCCACCUCUUGUUUGUCUUUCAGGCAUAGCAGGAACUGCUGAUGUAUUUUACAAGCAGAUGCUGUCUUUAUCGAUGAAGGGUUAUCGAGUAAUUGCUGCUGAUGCACCACCUACAUGGAGCCAUCAAGAAUGGGUUGAUUCAUUUGAAAAGUUCUUAGAUGAUAUUGAUGUUCACCAUGUACAUCUUUAUGGAACCUCUCUUGGGGGAUUUCUUGCACAACUUUUUGUUCAGUAUCGUCCAAGACGAGUAAAAUCUGUAGUGCUAUCAAAUUCUUUUUUGGAAACUCGUUGUUUUGGAGAGGCAAUGCCAUGGUCUUCCUUGGUCAAUUGGACUCCAUGCUUUAUGCUGAAGCGAUACAUUCUGAUAGGAAUUCAGGCUGGACCUUAUGAACCAUUUAUUGCAGAUUCUGUGGACUUUGUAGUCAGUCAGCUUGAGACCCUUUCAAGAGAAGACUUGGCAUCUCGUUUGGCUUUAAACACAAUGAUUGCUUCUAUUGGCAGAUUAUUGCUUCUAGACUCUGCGAUUACAAUCAUGGAUACAAAUGAUUAUUGUGCCAUACCUCAAGUAUUGAAGGACCAGUUGGGUGAUAGAUAUCCUGGUGCGAGGAAGGCAUUUUUAAAGAGUGGCGGUGAUUUUCCAUUUCUUUCACGACCAGAUGAAGUCAAUUUACAUCUGCAGUUAAAACUCAAUGGAGCUUUUGAAAAUUUGCCCAGCUGCAUUUGAGACGGGUUGGAAUUGAGGGAAGGCCUGACUUAACAAGGGGACCCUCACAGAGACAAGACACUGGGAAAGUCAAAAAGGAAGAACGACCACACAAUGAAUAGCAGUAACCGCUGGAAGAAAACUGGAAAUACGUCUAGAUAUCUUGAAUAUCAUUCAGACAUCCCAUUAAUGCACAGGCUUUGAAUAUUCCAUCAAGAAAUAGCUUGCUAACGGUGCCUGCAAAAUUGUGAAUGUUCUAGCAGGGGUUUCCCCACAGAUAUGAAGUGUCCAUUCAUAUGGAUUAUUUGUAAAAUUUGACACGUGCUAUUAACAAAAUGCAUCGUUGGAUAAUGCUAUUAUAUUUUAUCAACACCUAUCUGAUCUAUUUAUUUAAUUGAUUGUUGUAAAUUAUUUGUAAUCAAGUGGAUUCAAGUCACAUGAAAAUUUCUGUUUCCAUUACUCCAACCGUCUUGUUUAUAAAAUGCAUCGUUGGAUAACGCUAUUGGAUGUA